GCAAGAAGAAAGGAGGGAGGGCAGAGGGAGAGAGAUCUUAAGAAAGAGAGCAAGAAGCAAGAGCCUGUGGGGGAGCAGAUCCUCCCCCGGCCGGCCGCAUUGAGAGUGGGGGUACAGUCGGGUGCAGAAUGGCUGUUUUAUAACUGGGAUCCUCGCUGACGUAUGGCUGCCGGCUCCUUGGCAGCUGUCUUUAUGGACCAGUAGGCAGAGCGAAAUUGACGCUGACAAGACUUUUGCAUCUUGGAAGGAACUGUAAUCUACUGUAGUGAAGAACAGAGCCUCUCAAUCAGGCGGGUGUAAAUAAGAGACCGAGGGGAGCCCAAAAGAAAAGGAAGAGGAGGGAAAAAAAGCGUGCAUUAGGGGGAGCAGGCAAAAGCAUUUUUGGUGGAUGGUAUGAAGCCAGCCAUGGAAACUGCAGCCGAGGAAAAUACUGAACAAAGCCAAGAGAGAAAAGUGAACAGCAGAGCUGAAAUGGAAAUUGGCAGGUACCACUGGAUGUACCCAGGCUCAAAGAACCACCAGUACCAUCCUGUGCCAACCCUGGGGGACAGGGCUAGCCCCUUGAGCAGUCCAGGCUGCUUUGAAUGCUGCAUCAAGUGUCUGGGAGGAGUCCCCUACGCCUCCCUGGUGGCCACCAUCCUGUGCUUCUCUGGAGUCGCCUUGUUCUGCGGCUGUGGGCAUGUGGCUCUGGCGGGCACCGUGGCAAUUCUUGAGCAACACUUCUCCACCAACACCAGUGACCACGCCUUGCUGAGUGAAGUGAUACAGCUGAUGCAGUAUGUCAUCUAUGGAAUUGCGUCCUUUUUCUUCCUAUACGGCAUCAUUCUGCUGGCAGAAGGCUUUUACACCACGAGCGCGGUGAAGGAGCUGCACGGAGAGUUCAAAACCACUGCCUGUGGUCGAUGCAUCAGCGGGAUGUUCGUCUUCCUCACCUAUGUGCUUGGUGUGGCCUGGCUGGGUGUGUUUGGUUUCUCGGCAGUGCCUGUGUUCAUGUUCUACAACAUAUGGUCCACCUGUGAGGUCAUCAAGUCACCGCAGACCAACGGCACCACGGGUGUGGAGCAGAUCUGUGUGGACGUGCGGCAAUACGGUAUCAUCCCUUGGAAUGCUUUCCCAGGAAAAAUCUGUGGCUCCGCCCUGGAGAACAUCUGCAACACUACCGAGUUCUACAUGUCCUACCACCUGUUCAUUGUGGCCUGUGCUGGAGCUGGUGCCACCGUCAUUGCCCUGCUGAUCUACAUGAUGGCUACUACAUAUAACUAUGCGGUUUUGAAGUUUAAGAGUCGGGAAGAUUGCUGCACUAAGUUCUAAAUUGCAUAAGGCCAAUAAGGAGCGUUAGCGAGCUCUACUCUGUAGCAUGAAUAUCACUGACACUCCAGACUAAAGCAGAGUCUAGGUUUCUGCAGUUUUGUGACAGUAAUUUGUAAAUAGCUUCAGUUAACUCCUUUUGCAUGGUAGAAUAAAAUGACUUACUGUACAUGAAUUACAAAAUAAUGAGAUCUGCCCAUUUCUCCAUUUUGAAAAGGAUUCGCUUACUGACGUUGGUGAGCAUCCUUUGACAAUAACUUUCUUGAGUCUUUGAGCAGAAUGUCUACAUGAAAAAAUUAAUGCUUUGGCACCCCUGCAUUUUGUUAUUUUUGCUUGCUUGGUUACCAGAUUCAAUGAUGAAAGAGAAAUGUUUUAAUUUGGAUUUUGUUCUGUCACAUUCUUAAUAGAAAAUAUUUUGCAAAUAUAUUUUAACUUGAAGGUUCUUUUUUUAUGACAGCACGGUUCAGUAACAGUUGUCCCCUUAUAUCCAAUGAAAAUUUGAAGAAAAGGGGCAUCGCCCAUUUGAGUUCUCUGCAAAAAGGAUUUAUUUUCAUAUAAUUUUUUGGCCUAACAAUCAUUUCUUUAGAGCCUACCAAAUUGGAAACCUUAAAUUGUUGUCUUUUGGCGAGUGGUUAACUGUGUUUUUGUAGCUAGGUUUCAAGCUGCAUGAAAGAUUUUAACAGUAAGAGAAAUUGGGUGCUGAUCUGAAGGUUUCAAAUAUGUUGAGAAGGAAGUAUGAAAUAGAAGGAAACUGAGAUGUAGAUUUAUUUGCAGGAAAUGUGAGGAAAUAAACUGGAAAGAAGUUCUAGAGAAGAAUUUUUAUAUUUUGUGAAAUAAUGGCAGUAAUAAAAUGAAAAACGUAGUUUCAUUACUAAAAUUUUGUUAACAUAGAGACUGCAUGCUUUCCCCAUAGUUCUUAACUUUGGUUUUGACAUUUUAAUUUUUUCCAUGUUAAAUAUGUAGUUUUUAAAUUAUUUACUGGAAAUAAACACUGUUCACACUUUUAGGCCUUUGGGGGAAAUUGAUUUUUAUCCACAGGCUGAAAAGAUCUUUGCGCUGCCUUCACUUAGAACACGUUUUGCAACUUCCGUGUUAGUCUUUACAAUUACCCUCAAAAUGGUAAAAAACACCCUUUUGUAUCUCAUUUUUGCUUUUUCUUAACAAUAACUUUGGCCAUUUUCCCCCCAAUUUGCUCUACUUGUGUACUAACUUUUCUCUGGCCUUUUAAUACAAAGCAUACUGUUACAGCAUGCUCUCAGCGUCUGCCACCUCCGCAAGCAGAAUGAGUAGUCAUGAGUAUUAUUAAUACCGUCCUGUCCCUGCCGAGUGCGUCUAAUCUGACUAGCAGCUCGCUUUGCCUUCUCACAUGCUCACUAGCCAUCAUGCUCACCCUUCUUUUCCAGAUCCACUUCCUCAUGAUACUGUCUUCUAACUGGGCUUACUUAAAGGAUGCAAGCAAAAUGCAGGCUUACCACGAUAUCAAAGCAAAGGAAGAACAGGAACUGCAAGACAUCCAGUCUCGGUCAAAAGAACAACUCAAUUCUUACACAUAAAUGUUUGCCAGAGUGUUUCAGCCGACGAAUUUACAGCUCUGACAAAUCAUCAGACAGCUGCUCUGCAGUACAGAUGUGUAUCCCACCAAAUAAACUAAUGUAGAUGUAUCAACACUUCACUGUCUGUCUCAAGCUGCUGGGAUGUAUCUCUAGGAAAAUCUUCCAGUGGGUAAAUCUUUUUUCUUUAGGACAAAUAUUGCAGGUUUCACAUUAGCCAUUUUAAAAGGCAACACUUUGACAAAGAUUGUCCAUUCUUUUGAAAUUUGUGGCAUGGACAUACUUAUUUUUAGAGCGAAUCUACCAAGGUAGGUGAUGGGAAUGUGUCACACUCCUUGGUAGGGACCAUUGACAAGCCAACAUCUAGGGUGCAACCAUAAAUUCACAUAUGCCAUCAUCUGUCUUCAAACAUUAUCUAUAUAGGAAAUAAAAUGGAAUUGGUAUGUUCCAUCUCUGACAGCUGACAUUUAUCAAACCUGGAUUCUUACAAGUGACUUUAAAAACAUUUGCACCCCCUCAGUCAAGAUCCAUUAAUUUCUUCAACCAAUAAGAAAUCUAUUUUUCAAUAAUGCUAAAAUGAGCUACAACAACUCUGUUGAACUUACCACUGAAGAAGCUGGGCUCUGACUCACUAAGCUUUCCAGAAUCAAUUUUAUAAUAGAUUUCAUUUUAACAAAAUACUGAUCCAGUUAUUAUCAUUCUUCUCUGGAAGUAAAUGUCAGCUCUGCCUUAAUGAGUAUUGCUUUAAAUUUCUAAGAAUUUGUAUUAUAACAGACCCCAAAAUCCUCCACAGAAUUUUUUUCCAUAGCUAUUUUUAAGUAAAAAGUGUUACCUUAUUAAAAUGACCACCAUUCUAAAGCAUUUUUAAGUGGUCUGAAUAGUGAGUUUACAGUUUCAUACCAACUAUCUAAAAACCUAACUGCAAAUUGACCACAGACCUCUAACCUCCUACUUUUAUAAACUUGAAUACAUAAAUAAAUUAGGGCUGGUAUUUAUUCCGUAUUUUUUUCUUAUCUAAAACUUAAGUUUCCUGGAAUAAUAAUGUCUGAUGUUCAGCAAGAAAACUGCUUGAGUUUAAGCCAUUUUCAAAAGAAAUUUGCCUUCUAAAUCAUUGUGUUCCAGAACAUUAAGUGACUAUAGGUACUGGGUAUUAGUGAUGGUAAACUUUGUGUUUUUCUUUUUGAAAUGAUCCAUAUAACUGUUGGGUGCAUCACUGCUUUUCAAAGGGGCUGCAUACUAUAGGGUUAACUAUGUAUAUUCACGUUAAGAGUUAACUUGUGGUUUGGCUGUUUCCUGGAUUUUAAAACAUAUACAUGUGCAGAAAUGUAUUCAAAUGAAAGGAAGCAUACAUUUAUCAAGAUACUAUUAAAAUUGAACAUCAAGUAUAAUAUUUCAUUUGGAUUCUUUAUUUUUAGUUAUGCCUAAAAAAAUGCCUACUUGGAUUUCUUAAUUUGGAGAAGCUCUCUUCUGUGUAGAACAAGUGUUCUAAAGUAGCAUAGUGUUUUGUUUUCCUGUUGCAUGACGAACUUAAAUAUUCUUUCCAGCAGUGGAGGUGCUGUUAGAGUCCAGUGUUCUAGAAGAGGCAGUGUCUAAAGCCUAAUUUUACUUUUCUAAUUCUGGUAGCUAUUACCAGGAACUUUUGAAAGUUUUGUUGACGUAGUCUAAUAUUUUUUAUGUAAAGAGCAUUAAAUUUUGCUAUGUAUAAAUUUUUGUAACCUAACAGUGAAUCAAUAUUUUCUAUCAGUGCCAAGGGCUUCCUGUAGUUCUAUUCAAGUGUUACAAUAAAUAUUUGUAGAUAAUAGUCAA